AUGUCUUUUGCCAGCCCUCCCUCUGAGCCACGAAAAUCAAGUUCUUCAGGAAAUCCACCCUUGACACCUGCAUUAUCCCCCGUGCUUACGCCAGUCGACGACCCUUUCAGGCUGAGAGCCGCUCUGCGAGACCCAGACGACGUGGCUGCCCUGCGCAGGCGUUGGAACCCGCGGAAGCAGCGCCAUAUUGGCAAGUUCUACGAGACGCAGAACGAGAAGAUUGACGCGAUGUUGAAGGCGUGUUUUCGUGCUUCGGAACUCCAUGCUCGGGACGGAGAAGAUGACACGAGGGAAAACGCCUUGAAGGUCAAAAUUGCCGUCUACGCUUCGUUUAUUGCGAACUGCAUAUUAUCUAUUCUGCAGCUUUAUGCAGCUAUAUCGUCUCUAUCUCUAUCUUUCUUCGCUACUGCUGCGGAUUCUGUCUUUGACCCCGCUGCGAAUCUUCUCUUGAACAUGCUCCAUCGCAAGUCCAAGCGCGUGGACUUUGAUAAAUAUCCUGGCGGUGGCGCUCGGCUAACUACUAUCGGUAAUAUCGUGUAUUCAUUCGCCAUGCUGUCUGUCAGCAUCCUCCUAGUCGCAUUCUCGAUCCAGGACCUAACGACUCAUAAGGACGGAGAAACUCUUGAAUUCAAGGUUCCCUCAGUCAUCGCUGUCGGCGUCGCUUUCGAUGAAGAGACUACUCAACUUUAUCCCGCAUUCACAAAGGUUCUCCUCUUUUUGUACUGUUUCUCCAUUCGCAACUCAAGCUCGCAGGUUCAAGUCCUCUGGGAGGAUCAUCGAAAUGAUCUCUUGAUCAACGGUUUUGGUAUCCUCACAAGUAGUGCUGGUGCAAAGCUCAAGUGGUGGAUUGAUCCUAUGGGCGCUGUCAUCAUUUCGUGUGUUAUUAUCGUAUCGUGGACAUACACGUCGUACAUACAAUUCGGCUAUCUCGCUGGAAAAGCUGCUCCUCACGAAUUCACCCAGCUGGUGAUCUACAAGACGCUCACGUUCAGCGAUGAGAUUAAGCAGAUCGACUCCUGCAGGGCUUACCACAGCGGGGAGAAAUUCCUCGUUGAAGUUGACAUCGUCAUGCCCAGUGACACGCCUCUAUGGAAAUCUCAUGACCUGAGUCAAGAUCUCCAAGAUAAACUCGAGACACUGCCGAUGGUCGAGCGGGCGUUCGUCCACGUUGACCAUGAAGUAUCACAUAAACCGGAACAUCGCAAAUACAUCUGA